CCCCUGCAGCUAGGUGAAUGCAUGCAUGCGUGCAUAUAUAUCUCCCAUGUGUUAAGCGCAUGCCAAUGCGACCAUUUGUGUGACCGUUCCGCUCUUCACUACGCGUGGGAUCCGCGUGCUUCAGUCCACAUGUCGUCGAGUCCACGCUUUUCCCCUGCAGAGUCCCUUUUAUAUUUACCCUUUCGACGGAUUGUUUCCCUCUACGCCUUGCCAGUCUCCACCCGAAAGGAUUGGACGUCAUCCCAUCUCGUUAAAAUUAUUGGUGAUGACCGACUGCGUCCGGGGAAUUGUUCUUCCGUUUCGUUUGGGAGCAGGUGUGCCUCGUUCCAGUUGCUGCAAGCGCAGCUUAUGUAAGACGACUAUAUCAUGUGAUGUCUACUCCCCCUCUCCGUACAUAUAUG